AUGGCCGGUUUCUUUACAUAUGGUGACGAUAAAAACGCAGUGGAAGAACUACUUUCCCAAGCUAUGGAUAUGGUGGCUCUUGAGCAGUUGGCCGCCAUUAAUUCCUCUGCUUUCAAGACCUCUGCUCUUCCAUCCCACCUCGAAACACGCUUUCAAAACCUUAAAGCAAAUCACGCUUCUCCACCAUUGUCAUUACCAACAAAUAGUCUCAACCUCCCACGCCCAUCAAAUAUCAAGAAAGGUGUCGCUUCGAAGGAAACCAAAAAUGACAAUUCCAUUCGGCCGGAAAAUGGGAACGUAGCCGGAAAAAUUCGGCAGGAGAUAUUAGAACAGUACAAAAGGGGAAUGGUCGUAAAAUGUUCGACAAAAUGCCCGAAAGAAAUCGGACACGCUAAGAACCCACGAGUGGGUUUCUCGAGCAGAUCCCGUUAUCUUUCACCGCCGGCGAAAACCGGCUGCUUUUUUGUGUGUUCUUUUAGUAUGGCGAAAGGGAAAAGGAAUUCAUAA